AUGCAUUCCGGUAUGGUACAUGUUACAAACACGGUGGACGGAGUGAACUUCUGGGGUGAGUGUGUCACUACCCUGGGAGUCCCGGAUCUGAGGCGUAUUGACCCGCCGGGGGAACCCCUGGGUCCUCAGUGGUUAGAAGUCUCAACCGAAGUCCGUGAUUGGGUGGCUACGUCACAGACAAAGAAAAUAAUAAUACUAUAUAAGACAUCUCGUGGAUCUAUUGAAACACAAAGGUUUACAACGACCAAAGGACCAGAUUUACACCGUAUAUCAAGAAAAAACACAAUGGCAUCUCUCAGUUUUCCAACUGUCUGUCUGCUUGUCCUCGCUGGAUGUGCUGCUUACGUCACAGCCAAUGGAUACGGCCAGUCGGCCUACAGCUAUGCCAGACCACAGAUAUACGCCCCCGCCCGGCCCUCCUUUGGAUACGCUGGUACCGGAGUCGGAGGUGGACUCUCAGGGGGUCUGGGACUUAACAGUGACCUCGGUGGAAUACUCCCAAUCCUUCUCAUCUUUUUAGUCCUGGGAUUGGCAGCACCUGCUCUGAUCGGUUCUCUACAGUCCGUUAGAGACGGAACCAAUGACGUCCUCAGAUCUAGGUCACUCUGAAGCACGGGUCGCAGGAUUAUUCAUUAUGUGCCAAUGUACUAGCAUAUUUGUGCCAAUAGUUUAAUGUUUUAUUUACGAUUAAAACGUCAA